UAAUGUCAAAGAAAACUUUUAAGAAAUCUGAAGGUACAUCUCUUGUAUCAAUUAUUGGUGAUGAAGUAUUAAAAAAUCAUUUAAAAUUAAGGACACUGUUACAGGAUUUUUAUUAACAGGCAUCGGAGAAAAGAAUAUUAAAGGAGAAACUAAUUUUUUGGUUGUAGAUUCAAGUAUGUAAAUUCAUUAUUUCUCGAAACCGACCCAAAAUUGAUU